AUGCAUCAUUAUUUACUAUCUAUUAUAUUCAUAUUAAUAUUAAUUAAUAAUAUUCAUAGUCAAAUUGCAUUUGAAUCAUUAUGUACACCAGAAGUUGAAGUUCCUGGAUUACCAUCAAUUAAUGGUAAUGAUGAAUUCGAAAUAGAUCUUUAUGAAACCAAAUUUCUACCAGAUGAUACAGUAUUAUUGGCAAUUAAACAAAAACGUCAAAAUUAUGGUAUUGGUGAAUUUGUAUUACGUGCAUUUGAUGCUGAUAAUAACGUUGUUGGUCGAUUUGAUGAUCGACAAACAGGAAAAAUAUCAUUAAAACAUCAUACAUGUCCAAAUGGAGCUAGUGUUAUUUACGUCGAUAAGAUUGAAGGUCAUAGUUAUCGACAAAUUCCAUUGGCAUGGCGAGCUCUUAGUCUUGAUCCAAAUCUUGAUGAAAUUACAUUUCGAGCAGAUAUUGUUUCAAAUAAACAAAUCUAUCGAGUAAAAUCUGCUCCAUUAAAAAAACGUGUAGCAUCUGGACUUAUUCCUUCAAAUUAUCAAUCAGUUAAUAUUGAUUUUUGUGGUGAAUCACAAGGUUGUUUAGUUGUUCCACAAUAUUGUAAUAAUAAUUCAUCAUGUGAAUAUGCACUUUCAUGGCAAGUCAUCGAUGAAAAUACAGCUAGAUUUCAUAUUGUUGCAAGAGCACAUGGUUUCGUUGGUGUUGGAUUUUCCAAUGAUGAAAAACGAGGUGAUGAUCAAGUUGUAUUAUGUACACGGGAUGCUAAAAAUCAUGUUUAUGUACGUAAUAUGUUUGUUGGUGUUCAAACACCACAAAAUAUAUUACGUGAUCGACCAUUAUAUGGUCUACAAGAUACAGAUGGUUAUUCUAAUGGUUCUCAUAUUGUCUGUAAAUUUGACCGAAAAUUAUCACCUCAUACACCAGAAGUAUUAGAAAAUGAUGGAAAAAAUCCUGAUGGAGUUGAUAAUAAUAAAUUUGUUAAUUUAAAAGAACCACAUUAUAUGUAUCCAAUUUAUACCAAUGAAGAUUUAUUAACAUCGCAAGGUAUGCGUAUUCCUGCUCAAGAUAUUCCAAUUGUAAAUAAUCAUCCGAUUAAUUUUGAACGUGGUAUUUGGCCAAAAUCACAUCCAAGAGAUGGUGCUUUUCUUGCAAAACUUCAUGCUAUUUUAAAUAUCAUUGCAUGGAUUUUACUUGCAUCAGCAGGUGUUAUGGUUGCUCGAUAUUUUGAUUUAAUUUGGCCAGAAUAUGAACGUCGUGUAGUUGUUGAUAGUAAUGGUGUUGUAACAGGAGAGAAAUUACAACGACGAAGACGAUUUUCAUUUUUUAAUGUUUUUCAACCAAUUAUGGUCACAGUUGCUAUUUUAACAUGGCUUGCAUUUUUUGCUAUUCUACUUGAACUUAAUUGGAAAUGGACAUAUGGAACACAUCAUAUGUGGCAUUCAAUUCUCGGUGUUAUUGUACUUGUCUGUGCUUUUCUUGCUCCACUUAUUGGUAUUUUACGACCAGUACCUCGAACAAAACGUUUCUGUUGUUGGUAUUGGAUACAUUGGUUAGUUGUUUCUUUAGCUCAUUGUCUUGCUGUUCCGGUUAUCUUUUUGGGCAUGGAUAAUCGUCGAUUAGACUUAUGGACAUGGUGUUCAUGGCUUUUAUUUGGUUGGUGUAUAUUUCAUUUUAUUGUUCAACUUAUUUUCGAAAUUCAUGCUUGUUGUUGUGGAAGACAAGAUUAUGAACGUUUUGAAGAUGCUGAUUAUUAUUCAGAGAAACAUCCAGAUCAUCGUGCACGACGAGAACGUGUACCCGGAGAAGCAUGGAAACCAGCUCUUUUAAGCAUUUAUGUUUUUAUAACAGUAAUCGUAGUUAUUAUUCUCAUUCUUGCUGUCAUUUUCUAUCAAGGUUAUUAA